UUAUUAGCCUGACCACUAAAUACUGAAUUAUUAGCCUGACCACUAAAUACUGAAUUAUUAGCCUGACCACUAAAUACUGAAUUAUUAGCCUGACCACUAAAUACUGAAUUAUUAGCCUGACCACUAAAUACUGAAUUAUUAGCCUGACCACUAAAUACUGAAUUAUUAGCCUGACCACUAAAUACUGAAUUAUUGACCAACAGACAAUUUAAUAGUUUAUUUUAUUUGUCACCAGAGUCCAGCUGAAUUGAGCGUUGAACAAGUUUCAUAGGGUUUUGCACCACUUUGUUUUUAAUUUAACCAGGUACUAAUGGGGAUCGAUAAUACAUACAAAUAUGAGAACAGGGUCAUAUAGCCCUCAGAGGAGGAGGGUACAUGAUGAGGUUAUGGACCAGAACAGGAUCAUAUAGCCCUCAGAGAGGAGGGUACAUGAUGAGGUUAUGGACCAGAACAGGAUCAUAUAGCCCUCAGAGAGGAGGGUACAUGAUGAGGUUAUGGACCAGAACAGGAUCAUAUAGCCCUCAGAGAGGAGGGUACAUGAUGAGGUUAUGGACCAGAACAGGGUCAUAUAGCCCUCAGAGAGGAGGGUACAUGAUGAGGUUAUGGACCAGAACAGGAUCAUAUAGCCCUCAGAGAGGAGGGUACAUGAUGAGGUUAUGGACCAGAACAGGAUCAUAUAGCCCUCAGAGAGGAGGGUACAUGAUGAGGUUAUGGACCAGAACAGGAUCAUAUAGCCCUCAGAGAGGAGGGUACAUGAUGAGGUUAUGGACCAGAACAGGAUCAUAUAGCCCUCAGAGAGGAGGGUACAUGAUGAGGUUAUGGACCAGAACAGGAUCAUAUAGCCCUCAGAGAGGAGGGUACAUGAUGAGGUUAUGGACCAGAACAGGAUCAUAUAGCCCUCAGAGAGGAGGGUACAUGAUGAGGUUAUGGACCAGAACAGGAUCAUAUAGCCCUCAGAGAGGAGGGUACAUGAUGAGGUUAUGGACCAGAACAGGAUCAUAUAGCCCUCAGAGAGGAGGGUACAUGAUGAGGUUAUGGACCAGAACAGGAUCAUAUAGCCCUCAGAGAGGAGGGUACAUGAUGAGGUUAUGGACCAGAACAGGAUCAUAUAGCCCUCUGAGAGGAGGGUACAUGAUGAGGUUAUGGACCAGAACAGGAUCAUAUAGCCCUCAGAGAGGAGGGUACAUGAUGAGGUUAUGGACCAGAACAGGAUCAUAUAGCCCUCAGAGAGGAGGGUACAUGAUGAGGUUAUGGACCAGAACAGGAUCAUAUAGCCCUCUGAGAGGAGGGUACAUGAUGAGGUUAUGGACCAGAACAGGAUCAUAUAGCCCUCAGAGAGGAGGGUACAUGAUGAGGUUAUGGACCAGAACAGGAUCAUAUAGCCCUCAGAGAGGAGGGUACAUGAUGAGGUUAUGGACCAGAACAGGAUCAUAUAGCCCUCUGAGAGGAGGGUACAUGAUGAGGUUAUGGACCAGAACAGGAUCAUAUAGCCCUCAGAGAGGAGGGUACAUGAUGAGGUUAUGGACCAGAACAGGAUCAUAUAGCCCUCAGAGAGGAGGGUACAUGAUGAGGUUAUGGACCAGAACAGGAUCAUAUAGCCCUCUGAGAGGAGGGUACAUGAUGAGGUUAUGGACCAGAACAGGAUCAUAUAGCCCUCAGAGAGGAGGGUACAUGAUGAGGUUAUGGACCAGAACAGGAUCAUAUAGCCCUCUGAGAGGAGGGUACAUGAUGAGGUUAUGGACCAGAACAGGGUCAUAUAGCCCUCAGAGAGGAGGGUACAUGAUGAGGUUAUGGACCAGAACAGGAUCAUAUAGCCCUCAGAGAGGAGGGUACAUGAUGAGGUUAUGGACCAGAACAGGAUCAUAUAGCCCUCAGAGGAGGAGGGUACAUGAUGAGGUUAUGGACCAGAACAGGGUCAUAUAGCCCUCAGAGAGGAGGGUACAUGAUGAGGUUAUGGACCAGAACAGGAUCAUAUAGCCCUCAGAGAGGAGGGUACAUGAUGAGGUUAUGGACCAGAACAGGAUCAUAUAGCCCUCUGAGAGGAGGGUACAUGAUGAGGUUAUGGACCAGAACAGGAUCAUAUAGCCCUCAGAGAGGAGGGUACAUGAUGAGGUUAUGGACCAGAACAGGAUCAUAUAGCCCUCUGAGAGGAGGGUACAUGAUGAGGUUAUAGACCAGAACAGGAUCAUAUAGCCCUCAGAGAGGAGGGUACAUGAUGAGGUUAUGGACCAGAACAGGAUCAUAUUUUGUUAAUU